GAGUUCCAUCAUAGAACAGAGAUAGGCAUAUAUUGCCCUAAUUCGAACUAUCUAGCACAUACGACCAUAGGGUGUGGAGAACAGGGCUUCCCGUCCGCUCAGCCGUACUUAAGCCACAUAAAGAACGCAGUCAAUUCUCUGAGAGCCCUGGGUCUUAAAACAGCCUUGCAAUUUGUCUUAGGGCGCCCCUUCCAGUCUGCCAUCUCUUUCUCGUCGCUACCUAGUAAGAGGAUGCUGCCAGAGGCAAUACAGCAGAAGCUCGACAAGGUGAACGCAUGUGCCUUGUCACGUGGUUUCAUCUGCGAUUAUCAGCAAGAGCGGGAACAAACCGAGAAUACUAUACGCCACAAGGCGCUCGCUCCCGCCACAGACCAAAACUAUGAGAAGACCCGGCGACUGCCAACUUUUCUAAAAAAAGAUCCCGAUCCCUCUCCGCAGCUUUUAAAAUCUUUUACAGAAUAUUAUAUUAUCACGAGAGAGAACUUCCCCUCUCAGAAAUCUGCAUAUCUAAAUUUCUCGAACUUUGUUGCGAGAUAA